GAAUCCGGAAGCGAUCCCCCAGGACCGAGUUGCAGCUGAGGACCCCGACGGCAGGGCCAGGUUCGGGACCAUGAGCUGGAUUCCUUUCAAGAUUGGGCAGCCCAAGAAACAGAUUGUCCCCAAAACAGUGGAAAGAGACUUUGAAAGGGAGUAUGGAAAACUGCAGCAGCUGGAGGAGCAGACCAAGCGGCUGCAGAAGGACAUGAAGAAGAGCACGGACGCCGACCUGGCCAUGUCCAAGUCCGCUGUGAAGAUAUCCUUGGACUUGCUCUCCAAUCCCCUCUGCGAGCAAGACCAGGACUUUCUGAACAUGGUGACAGCCCUGGACACGGCCAUGAAGCGGAUGGACGCCUUCAACCAGGAAAAGGUGAACCAGAUACAAAAGACUGUGAUUGAACCCUUAAAAAAGUUUGGCAGUGUCUUCCCGAGCCUCAACAUGGCCGUGAAACGGCGGGAGCAGGCCUUGCAGGACUACAGGAGGUUGCAGACCAAGGUGGAGAAGUACGAGGAGAAGGAGAAGACAGGGCCGGUGCUGGCCAAACUCCACCAGGCCCGAGAAGAGCUGCGGCCCGUGCGGGAUGACUUUGAGGCCAAGAACAAGCAGCUCCUGGAUGAGAUGCCGCGGUUCUACAACAGCCGACUGGACUACUUCCAGCCCAGCUUUGAGUCCCUGAUCCGAGCACAGGUCGUGUACUACUCGGAAAUGCACAAGAUCUUCGGAGACCUGACCCAGCAGCUUGCCCAGCCCGGCCGUCCUGACGAGCAGCGGGAGCGAGAGAACGAGGCCAGACUGAGCGAGCUCAGAGCCCUCUCCAUCGUGGCCGAUGACUGAGCCCGGCCCUCGAAGACUCUGGAACACAAGUCGGCCUCUCUAGCCUACGCUUCACGAGCUCAGGCUCGGGCGUCAGGCAGCAAAGGGCCCUUGCCUGGGAGGACAGGGAUAGCGGCACUCCUGCUGCACCACCCCAGCCCUUGGGAAUGAGCCUGGCACCAGGAGCCCCGAGCAGGCUCUCGCCUCCCCACUCGUAGCAAGAACCCACAGACAGGUAAGCAGUGUAGACUGUCUUAGUCCCUAAAGAACCGUCCAAAGUGCAUCCUGGCCUAGGGCCAGAGCCUGGGCCCUUGUCUGCUCCCUUGAGGUCUUAGCCUGGCUUGCACGGUUGGGAUCACGUCUACCUCCAAAAGGGCCACCCUGGGGAGUCACCCACCCUCGCUGCCUUUUCACCUCAGACUCGCCUUUUCUGGGAGAGGCCUCGACACUGCCCUGGGCAACCUGAAAGCCACGGUCUCCCAGCCGCAACGGGCGCCUCACCCCAGCCUCUCGGCAAGACAGCGGCCGGCUCUGCCCACUUCUAGGCUUUGGGUCAACUGCAGGGCAGAGCCCCAAGUCUUGCAGCUUCCCUAGGAAGCUGGGACUCAACGCGUGUCAACAGCCUACCCCACAAAAUGUCACAGACCGAGUCACAGGCCUCAGGGCCACAACAGUGGGUUUAUGUCUCACCUGAUUAUUGGGGAUUUUAUUUUUCCAAGUAAAAAGUUUUCAAUAAAAUGUCCGUAUAUUGUUGUGCCGUAACUAAAGAGAGGAGGGGAGGAGCCACCCCGAGUCCUUCCCAGACCCCGCGGCAGCCCCUCUCCUGAGCAGCAGGCAGCAGAGCCCAGAGCUGCACCGCCCCCCCCCCCACCUGGAGGUGACAGCUGCGUGGAGCAGAGACUGCGCUGAGGGUUGGGAGGAGGGCGGAGCACAGGCAGACCCAGAAGAGGAGCGAGGGGAGAGUUACCAGGACACUUUGUUUUGACUUUGGUUUAUUUAAAAAACAAAAAGCCAAAAAAAAAAAAACCAAAACAGAACACUUUAUAUACAAAGUCAAACUGAAACCACGGAUUAUGGAAAGAGGCGAGACUUAUGGGGAACAGGGAAAAGGCUGGGCCAGAGCCAAUACCACAUUCUGAACACGGGGAGCCAGGGAAAAGAGGUGCUGGUUUCUUCUGGCAAGUCUGGGGUGGCUGGAACGGUGUUCACUGCCGAACACUGCCCACCGCUACACGCUCGCUAGCACUGACUGACUGUUCCUGCAAUGGCCGCGGGAGACCCUUCCCCCCAGAACCUGCUCCUGAAACCUGGCAGGAUUUGUGCCAUCCGGAGGAAGGGGCUCUUACCCCCAGCCAGCUUCCGCGUCUGUUUCUUCAGUUUAUUGGCAUCAGACCUUAUGACAGACUCAAAAAGCCUUUUCCUCCCCUGUCUUAUUCUAAACUGGAAGAGGACAGGAGAAAGCACAAGACGAAAGGGCCCCAGGAGGAAUCCCAAGGUAGAGGGCAAAAUGACAUUCGAGGGGUGCAGAAGAUGUUGGAUUUAGUUGCAAGUGGAACCGGCUUCCUCACUCACCCGUCCCACACGGCACAGACAGACCCCACCCUGACGGCCUGAGCUCCUCUACGGAGGCCGAGCGCAGGGGUCAGUCACCCCUGCCUAUGGCUCCCAGGUCCUGCUCCAGCUUCCUUCUAGAACCAAAAGGGCUCUAACUUCAGCAGGCUCCAUCGCCGACCUCACAGGAUGGCAGCUCCCGCACCAGGCCUCUCAGUUGCUAGGCGCCGGCUCCUCCUUCUCCACCCAGCUGUCUGCCUGUUUGAAACGGAUGUCACGAGAAUCAGGACUCAGAGGAAGGGCCGAGGUCCGAGGACUACUGAGCACUUCCUCCUGGGAGACUCCAGCGUGCCAGCUGCUGACUGAUCGAUUCCCUAAGAAACCAGGAAGGAGGCGGAGGCGAGGCGAACCUGGGCCCGGCCCCGUGCCGGCUGCCCUGACCCAGCCUCCCCGCCCGGCGGCCGGCUCUCCCAGGAGGCUCACCUUUUCAACCAUCCGCUGCACCUCAAGCUGCAGGGGGGUCAGGCGCCUUCGGAACUCCUGUAGCAGCCGCUGAAGCUGGUGCUUCUGUCGCUCCGCCGUCCGGGCCGUAUCCUCAGCCUCAGCCAGCCGGGUUCUCAGCUCCUGCAUUUCUGCGGCCAGCGUCUUAUUCGUCACUUCAGUGGCUGAGAAGCGGUUAUGGCUCUCCUCUGGCGGGGGAAGACAGGAAAGACUGCCAAGCUAAGGAGGGGAGUGUAGGGCCAGAGGCCUGGAGGCUGAGGGGCGGACCUCCCGCUCGGCUCCUCGCGUCUGCGCCGGGCCGUGACAGGUCCCCGCGCGGCCAGCCACUCACCCAGCUUCAGCUCCAGUGUGUGAAUCUUGUUCUCCAGGUAGAGCCGCCCGCUGUCCUGCUGCUCCGCACGCUGCAGCAGGUUCCCCACGUUGAUGAGGCUGCCGUUGUGGGACACCAGGCCCUUGUGCUCCACAGGGGCCGCGCCCGGCUUGGCGCUCUUCCCAGGAGGAGGUAGCAGAUCCAGGUUCCCUAGACGGGCCGCGAAGAGACUCAGGGACGGUCCCGGGAGAGGGCAGCCUGCUCCGCCGUCCCCAGAAGGCCGCAGAGCACGGUACGCACCGAAGAGCACCUCCUCGGGGAGCCCCCCGUCCGGGCCCUCCGGGCGGCUGUACUGAAGGCUCCGAUACUGGCAGAUGUUCUGGGCCACCACCCUGCUGACCAGCUGUUUGGCCUGUAGGAAGCACACACCCCAGAUGCCCACGGAUGAGAAGGUGCAAGUCCCCCCACGAUGGCGUGCAAGAACCUAGAACCACGGCAUCCCGAGCCGCGCAUGCACACGAGGAUGUCGGGCGAGGCACCUCAGAGAGGCCUCGGGGGGGGCAUGAGAAAGCACCUGCUCUGCGCUGAGCCGGAGCCCAAGGGUAAGCAGGAUCCUCUCCAAGUCUCGCCGAUGCAAGUAGCCACACCAGUUGGCAUCAAAGAAGACAAAAGCAAGAAGACAGUCCAGAGGGAGCACAGGAGAGGGGUCCAGCUCCUUGGGCUAAAAGAGAAACAAGGAUGAACAGGAUUUACAAACAGGUCCCUUGAUGCUAAAUCACCCAGGACGAAGCCCUUAUAAAAUCAAGCCGCUUGAUAUUUAAAAUGGAUGACCAACAAGGACCUACUGUAUAUAGCACAGGGAAUCCUGCUCAAUGUUAUGUGGCAGCCUGGAUGGGAGGGGCGUUUGGGGGAGCAUGGAUACAUGUACCUGAAUGGCUGAGUCCCUUUGCUGUGCACCUGAAGCUACCACUACAUUGAUAAUUGGCUAUACUCCAACAUAAAAAGAAAAGUUUAAAAAAAAACAAAAAAAUCAAGCAGCUUGGCUGACACACUCACUCACACCCUUCCAGUUAGAGACCUGACCCUGGGCCAGGCAAGUCCCUUGGCCUGUAACCAAAGGCCUCUUUAGGGGCAUUUUCGCCCCAGGGGGUGUCACACACAGAGGAACCUUGGGUGCUCCCAGGUCAGACAGCUCGCUCAGAUCCGCCCUGACGGAGAUACCAAAGUGCUCUCCUGGAUCCUACGAGCAUGCCAUCCCGUAAGCCAAGAACCACCUUUCGUCUUUCGUCAAUCAGAAGAUGCCAGAGGUCAUUCAGGAAAAGCGCCCCUUUCCCAGGAGUGAGUCAGAGGCCUUGCUAAGCUUCCCUGUCACUGAGAGCCAGAGAGGCACAGAGGUCUCACCAUGUCCUGAAGGGAUGAGAACUCCAUCUCUGACUGAUUCGAGGCAACCGACCGGACCUCGGAAUCCUCCAGCUUGGCUCCUGCUACAGAAAGGUGAACUUGGAGCUGGGAGCACACAGGCCCGGACUGGCUCCACACACAGCCAGGACGGGAGCCACAGAGCCAGCCAGGACGCCGCCACCCGGGGCAGGCGCCAGACAUACCGAACUCCUCCUCCCCAUCGUCCCUCAGCAGCAGCAGUUCGGGGUCCAGGGCCAUCUCGCAGAGGUCCUCGGACACCUCGCCCCGGGGUUUCUCUUCUUCCUCUCCCCCAGAAGAUGGGGGUUUGGGCAAAAGCCCGUCUUCCUUCUAGGAGAAGCAGACCGAGAUGAUGAGAGGAACUGCCCCUGUGACUAACCAACAAUAACAACGGUUAACAUCUGUGCGUCAGCCGUGCUCAGGCACCGCGCCAAAGGCGCAUACGCAACGUCUCAUUUAACAUACUUCGUUACAUGGGGGUCACAGAGCAGACCGGGGCGAGCUCCAGACACCUGGGACUUUCCUCAAGAGUCAAUCUCAGUCCCGUAAGAAAUUUGUUUACUUGACAGUAUUUAGGCAAGAAGACCCACGUACUUUAGAAAUGUUUAAGAAAAUGCAGUGUUCUAGUUAACCGUCAGGUGAUCAAAACACCUGUACCGUCAAAGCAUUCCUAUUAAUGGGGACUUCCGUGCUGCCGUGUCAACCACGCCUCCCUUGGCUGCUCCAGGCCCGCCUCCCUUCUCCCAGGUACACCAACCACCUCCGGGCUGCGUGGCCACGUGGGAGAGUUAAGCGCCCCGCACCUGAGUCACACCAGGGUCACAGAGCAUGCGCGCAGUGAGCGAGGGGUGAUGAGAGGAGACCCCUAAAGCACUCCGAGCAGCGCUGGUGCCAGACAGCGCCCCAGUUCUGUAAAGCAUUACCAUGUGCAGCCCCAGUGCCCGUGCACGGGGGCAGAGGUACUCACCGGCGGGGCAUCUGACUCGGCAGCUGUGCCCUCACUCUGUACCUCAUCCUUGGACUCCUUGGCCUCCUCCUUGACCGCUUCUUCCUCCUUGGCCGCCUCCUCCUUCUCAGGUUCAGGUGCGGCCACGACCUUUUCAGGAAGGCUCAGCAGCAUCUUAUAAAUCCUAUAGCCAAAAUCCCUCUGCAGCAUCUCCAGAAACAGCUCAGCCAACACCAUCACCUGGUGGAAGAGGCAACAAGGGGUCACGAGCAUCAAAAAAUGGGGUGUUCCAAACCCCGCCAUCCUAUACGCCCUGCCCCACAGCCCCCAGACUCCUACACCUACCUCAAAAGAGAUCCUUUCUUUUGGCCUCCGGUCCUCCACAAUACUAUGGAUGGACAGAUUUACACAGCUGGGGCGUGCCAUGACAGCAGGUUCUAGAGGGGGUGGAGGGGCCUCUGGGAGAUCGGUGUCCAUUUCCUGCUGUGCAGUGACCUCUGGAUUCUCUGCAUUCUGUUUAGAGGUGUCUGCUGCCUGCUCUGAUGCAUCAGCUGCCUGUUCUGUAGGCUCUGUUUCCUGUGACGAAAAGUCAAGAGCUAUGACCAUCUGGGUCCAGGGGUUAGGGCCCCUAAUUUCCCCACGUGUUCGUAAGGCUCGGCCUCACCACUGGCACCUCCUGGGGCGGGGGAGCUGCCUCUGCAGCCUUCUGCUGGCACAGGGCCUCCCACUCUUCCAAAGUAGGCAUGAUGGUCCAGAUGUCCGGCAGGUACACCACCACGGUCUGGAGCCGCCUCGGGGGUCCCAGCUGCAGGUACUGAAACUCAGCAAAGCGCCACCUGCUCACAGCAAAAGGAAAAAUGCAGUACUGACCCAUGACAUUCAUGAGGGCUUCAGUUUCCAAUCAGCAUUUAAUGAACACAUACUGUGUGCCAAGCUCUGACAGUACAGAAAUAAAAGAUAUAGACCAAGUCCUCAAGAAAUGGUUAGGUGGCCCCCGCUUGCCACAACUAGAGAGAGCCCUCACACGGAAACGAAGACUCAACACAGCCAAAAUAAAGAAAUAAAUUAAUAAAGUCCUACCCCCAACAUCAUCUUUAAAAAAAAAAAAAAAAAAAAAGAAAUGGUUAGUCAGUGGGGAGAGACAAGUAAGCAGACAAUUACUAUCCGAGGUGCCAUGGCAACAAGAAGGAGCACGGAAUGUGGCUGUGGGGCCACAUCUGACGAGCCUUGGAGGGUCAGCUGGCCUUCAACACACUUACACACCCCUCACCAUGCUCACGACCACUGCGAGGGCUGGAGGGGGUGUGUGGUCAGCAGGGACUAGGGAACAGACGGGAACUAACAGGUCAGAAAGGCCCAGCAGAAGCCUGGCUCCCUGCAGGGUCUCGCCAGCUCACUGGGCAGCCACAGACAACAGGUCAGGCAGCCACUCACCACUUGGUGCAGGCACUCAAGUCGAUGCCAGUCUGGGCUUGCGCGCAGCGGAUGGCAGUGCGGACGAGCACCUGCGGGUCGCCCUUGGGGUCGAGGCCGUCCAGAGAAGGAGACCACUCGCCCCCCACCAACACUACCUCCUCUUCUUUCUGGCCCAGCAAAAACUGCAGAAAGAGACCAGGGGUAAGAAAUGAAAAACCAAUCACGUGGGUCUCCCACAGGGAGGCAACCUGCCACCAGUGGGGAACAAAGGGUCCGCCACACUGGGGGCGGGAGGGGUAUCUCUACCCAUGAAUGUGAACCCCACAUAAUUCUGAUAAGAAAGAACAUCUCUCAGCCAUGCUGUCCUCCUGGUAAAACGACUGGUAUCUCAGCCCCAAAACCCCGUUUCUAUGAGUUCCUGAGCAGGAGCUGAGCUGACAGGAACUGAACAUCAUCAAUGAGUGAGUCUUGCCUCCUGGGCUCCAGCUCUUACUUUAAUUUGCUUCAGAGGAUGUUCUGGCGUCUCCCUUGGCUCAGCCAUGUCAUCCACGAAGAGCAUGCAACAACGAUACAAUUCCUCCAACCCCGGGGAAGAGAGCAGCAGUACCUGGUAGGGACGGCACAAAGGGGACACUCGAGAGCUUUCUCAGCCUCCAGCAACAGGACAAAGAGGCAGGAGCCCAGCCAACUCACCUUGGAACUGUAAGCAGGGUCACUGUCUGUGGGCGUGGGCUCAGCACCAGCGUCUGGAGCUGGCAACUUCUCAGAAGAUGCCUGGAUGCGGCUUGGAUGAUGGAGGGAAAAGGGCUGGCUCAGAGGGAAGGCCGACAGCCAGCUCAGAUGCACAGCCAGAAAAUCUGAGGGAACCAGCAGGGUGCGGUAACGGCGCUGGAGUUCUAAGAAGUCACAGGUGGAGCUAUGGGAAGAAAGCAGGGAAUUCCAGAUUGAGCAAAGACUAAAUUAUUUUUAAAACUAGAACCAUAAAAGACUUGAAAGAAAAAGGGAGCAGAUUAUUUUAUAAUCUGAGAAAAGAAGAGCUUUCUAAGUAAGACACUUCUGAAAAGAUAAAAAUGGAUCAGACUUGACCACUAAAAUGUUACAACCUCUAGUGGCAAAAUAAAGUCAGUCUGGGGAAGGAAAAAAUAAAAGACAUCUGCAAUAUGUGACAGGGAAAAGGGUCACUGUCUUAUAUAAAAGGAACCCACAAGUCACUAACAAAGUUCACAAGUCUAAGAGAAAACUGGAAAAACUGACAGCAACAGAUAACUUAGAAAAAGAAAUGAGACUUAGAAGCUCAUGAAAACAUGCUCAAUCUCACUCAUAAUUAAAUUCAAAUCAGGGUAUCACUUUUCACCUAUCAGACUGACAAAGAUCACAAAGCUGGAUAACACAGUGUUGGCAAAGGCUGGGGGUGCAAGAACCUCACACCUCGUGUGAGAACGUAAACCGAUACCGCCUCUGUGAGAGGCCUGGCAAUAUCUGUCAAGGCUGACAGACCUGUGAGCCAGCUACUCCCUUUCUAGGAAUUGAGCUCAAUAAAAUGCUUGCACCUGUCCACGCAGAUGUAUAGAGAAGGAUGUUUAUGAUUACAACAAUGUUUAGGAUAAUUAAAGACUAAAAAUGGAGAACUGGUUAAAUAAAUUCUGGUCCAUCCAUUUAGUAGAAUGCUGUGCAGUUGCUAAAAAGAAUGAGAUCAGUCUAAUAAACUUUAUCGUAGAAUAAAUUCCAAGACAAGUGAAAAAGCAAAAGUGCUGAACAGUAUGUACAAUAGGUUUCCAGUUGUGUUUUAGGAAAAAAACCGCAGCUGUGUGUGUGUGGCUAAUUGUUAGCAGUCAUGUUCUGACCACAUGAGGAGGCUCUAUAUUCACCCCUCCAGUGGGGAUGAUGUGGGGACCAGUAUCUCAUCAGAUUAACCUUGGGAGGCAGGUGGGUCAGCAUGGAGAAUAAGAGGCCCUGCCUGGGCCUGGGGAGAGGAAGCGGUGACAAGGGAAGAGCAGUGGCAGCCCUCCUUCCCUGCCACCUUGAGGAGGAGGUGCCAGGAGGUUGCCCUCACCUCUGCUCGGACGUAGGUGGACUUGGUUUCGGGGCCUUAUCUCUAAUACAGCAGCUGAAGCCCCGCAUCUCCCCUGCUAGAUGGAAUCUGGAAUUGCUCACCUACCUCUCAGUCCAUCAGUUUCUACGUGUGAGAAGUAAGCUUGUGGGCCAGUGACCUCAUACAUGCUGCAGCACUUAAACAAUAAUUUAGAGCUUCCCUGGGAAACCAGUCCCAGGGUUCCUAUGACCCACAGUUUCUACCUGACUUACAACUGGUACUGGGCACCUGGAUUUUGAUGGAUAAGCCUUAAUGAUAGCCUGGCAUAACAAUUUCUGGUGAUCAAAUCAUAAAGUUCUAUCAGGGGUGCCCAUGUCAGCGGUGCUAUGCUGGUCAGAACUUGAGAUUUUGAAGUAAAAAAUCUGUCACAAUAAAAAACAAAAAUGAAACAAAAAGGUCAUGAGCGCGCACGCACGCACACACGCACGUGUGCGCACGCACACACACACACACACACACUCUUACUCCCAGGCUACAUCUCGCUUACACAAGAAACUGUUAGCAGCUACAAGUCUCAGCCCCCACCCCAGCCUCGCCACUCACCUGUCCACAGUGUAGGGAGUGAGAUGGACUCGGUAAGGAGGCAGGUCAUGCCUUGGUUUCUUAGCACCCCAAGGCUCUCCACCAGCGCGCUGUUUGCGUUUCUUGGAGUCAUAGUCAUCGCUGGAGGUUGAUCCAUUACCAGAAGGAAGAGACCACACUGUUACAUACAGAUUCAGUACAUACUGGCCUAAAAAGAACUGGAAACAAUCUGAAUCCCCAACUUUAAAGAUAAAGAAGCCAUGCUAACAGUCAUAUAAGAGUGUUAUAAAAGACAUUAAGAUGGAUAUUUAAAUGCUUUUAAUAACACAAAACCAUUCAUGUUAAACAAAAAGAAUUAUAUGGAAACAUUAUAUAUACAGUAGUGCCUCAAAUGUGCCAAAAAAGCUUUAAAAAGAAAUAAAAUAUUAAUGGUGGAUACCUCUGACAGA